UCAGUCCAAAGUCCAGACAUGAAUAGAAAUGAAUGUGGCUCAACUUUGUUUCCCUGCCCCCUGUUAGUUGAUUGGUGGAGAAUCAGACACUGGAGCUUAGGGCUUUGGAGAGCCUCUCUUUUCUCCACAUUCCCAUCUGCUAGCUGAAGUCUCUCUUCAUCGAUCCACCUAGUCUUAGCUAAUAUGGUGCAGCAAGCAUUAUACAGAGCUCUGGUCUCCACCAAAUGGCUAGCAGAAGCUGUGAGGGCCAAUAAGAUUGGUCCUCAGCUGCGGGUGCUAGAUGCCUCCUGGUAUGAACCUGGCACAAGAGAGGCACAGAAAGAGUUCCAGGAACGGCACAUCCCUGGCACCUCCUUUUUUGAUAUUGAAGAGUGCAAAGACAAGUCAUCACCCUAUGAGCUCAUGCUGCCCAGUGAGAAACACUUUGCUGACUAUGUUGGCAACCUGGGCAUCAGCAACGACACACAUGUAGUUGUGUAUGACGGAGACCACUUGGGCAGCUUCUAUGCACCGCGGGCCUGGUGGAUGUUCAGGGUCUUUGGGCACCGAACUGUUUCAGUUCUGAAUGGGGGGUUCAAGAACUGGGUGAAGGAAGGCCACCCUGUGACAUCGGAGAUCACCCAGACGAAGCCAGCUGUCUUUAAAGCCACCCUUAACAGCUCACUCCUGAAGACUUAUGAGGAUAUUUUGCAGAAUAUUGAAUCCAAACGAUUCCAGUUGGUGGAUGCCAGAUCAGAAGGGAGAUUCCAAGGAACAGAACCUGAGCCUGGGAAGGCAGGGCUUGAACCAGGUCAUAUUCCAGGCAGUGUGAACAUGCCUUUUUUCAGUUUCUUAACUGAGGAAGGAUUUGAGAAGAGCACAGAAGAAAUCCGGAGGAUGUUUGAGGAGAAGAAAGUGGAUCUUGACAAACCAGUGAUUGCCACAUGCCGUAAGGGGAUCACAGCCUGCCAUAUUGCCCUAGCAGCUUACCUGUGUGGCAAACCUGAUGUGUCCGUUUAUGAUGGAUCUUGGUCAGAAUGGUUUCGUCGCGCCCCACCACAACAUAAAAUUUCUGAGUGGAAUCGCAGUAAGGCUUAAGCAAGGGAAUGUCUUCCCACCGUGCUUUUCCCUAUUCAUGCUAUGAAGUUUGGUUCUGUAUGAUUUCUAACAAUGAUCAAGAGUGGGGAUAUGGCUGAAGUUCCUGUUCCUUUGUGAUUGUCUAGUUGUCUAAUCCAGUGGCACUGUGACUGUUUUUUAUUUUCAUAAUCUGAUAAUUGAAUUAAACAGAGUCUCUGAUCAA